AUGCUUCAAAUCCCUCUUUUUGCUUUCCUCCUGCCCUUGUGUCUUGCAUCUCCCACGGUACAAAGCCAGAGAAACAUAACCGAUAUUGAAAAUGCAUAUCAAGGCAUCUACUGGAAGACCGCUCUGGUAGAAUGCAGUGAUCGACAAUUUGAUAUAUUGGUUGAGUCUACUCGGAUGAUGUUAGAGUUGACCAAGAGGACUACCAAGCCCAUGGACACGCCGGGAUGGCAGCGUUUCUUCGUCGCAGAUCCCGCGGGAGUGGAUGGGUGGGCUUCCGAGAAGCAUCGGCCUGACUACCUCCAAGUUCAUAACGUCAUGACUCAAGUCAAUAUGUUCCCUCGCCUAGGAAAGGUCGGUAAAGAUAAGAAGAAGCGGGAGAAUCAGGUUACCUAUCGCUGCCCGUCUGGGCCCAAGUCUCGUUGCCAUAUUAACCCGGAACAGAUAACGUUUAAUAACAAAACUAAGUACGGAUGGGAGAUAAGCCUCUGUGAUGACUUCUUUCGCCUCAAAUACCUGAAUGAUAUAACAAAUGGCGAGAAGAAGUCUGCUCAAAGCUUACCUGACCUGGUUAGCUACGAGCACUCGCUGGCCCAUGAAUGGGCUCACGUGGAUCUUCUUGGGUCAUCGUUCCAUGUCAUGGACAUAACAGCAACGAAUCCUAACAAGCCGCUCAAGGAAAAAAAUGUCUACGGUGCUGAGUGGUCCACCGUUCUUGCAUGGUACUCUGGGAGUCCCCCGAGCGUAGGCGUCAAGUAUAAUGCGGACAACUACGCCUGGUUCUGGACCAACAACUGGUUCAACGAAAAGUGGGAUUGGAAAGAUAACGGAUUAGAUCCCCGAUGGGGCCCUGACAACUCGAACGCCUUUGACGGUCCGCAGUACCUGUCUGGGCCUGGGUCCGGAUUCUUGAUGCCGAACGAGACCCAACCCAAUGAACAGAAGAACUGCCAUGUCGGCAAUGAUCCCCGCGAGGUGUUCUGUGACUAUCUUGGAGAGCCCUAUAGCGAGUGGCUCAAGGAUCGCGAGAAGCCCUUCACUUCGGAGAGUGGUUGUGAGCUGACGAAGCAAUGCUGGCAGUCAGUGAGUGAGUAUGCGAUUGAUCCGGCUUGCAACUGUAAGUGUGACGGUGAAAAACUGCCGCUGUCUGAUCCCAAGUGUGCUGGGUUCAGAGGAGGUCCUCCUGGAAGUCAUCCACAUGCUUAG